AUGUUGUUCAAAGAAGCGGUGGAGAUCUGCUGCAAGGUGUACCGGAUUCUGAAGCAGCCGCAAGGCAAUGCGCUGCUUAUUGGCGUGGGUGGCUCGGGCCGGCAUUGCCAAACCCGGCUGGCGUCCUUCAUCGCCUUCUACAAGUGCUUCUCCAUCGAGAUCACCAAACAGUAUAAGCACGGGGCCUUCUUGGAGGACCUGAAGAAGCUUUACGAGCUGACCGGCGUGAAGAACCAGAAGUUGACCUUCCUCUUCUCAGACACGGAGAUCGUGGAGGAGAGCUUUUUGGAGGACGUGGCCAACAUGUUGUCCAGCGGGGAGGUGCCCAACUUGUUCACCGGGGACGAGUUGCAGGCCAUCCGCGCAAGCCUGGAGAAGCCCGCCAAGGAAGCGAAGAUCAACCAAACGGCCGAAGCGAUGUACGACUUCUUCAUCUCGCGGGUGCGAGAGAACCUCCACAUCGUCUUCUGCCUGUCCUACAUUGGCAAUAACUUCCGGGAUUACUGCCGCAUGUACCCCUCCCUGGUGAGCUGCACCACGGCGAUCUGGCUGCUGCCCUGGCCGGCGGAAGCGCUCACGGAGGUGGCCCUGAAGUUCCUCACGGAAGGCGAGCUGGAGGAGCACUUGAGGGCGCCAGUGGCGGAGAUCUUCGGGACCGCGCACACCACGGUGAUGCGUUUCUCCACGCGGAUCUACCAGGAGAGCAGAAGCGCAUGA